ACAUCCAUUGAGUUCACAGAUCGUAUUCAAACAUGUCUCCUCUUUCCUUCAUUUUCCUUUGCAUCCAAGCUUGCUUGGUCCAGAAUGCAUUGGCAAGCUGCAGCGGUCUUGGCUACGGCAUUGGCCCUGGCCCCUACCUCCCACCCAGCCCUUGCUCCGGCCCACUUGUAGAAGGCCCAUACGGACCUUACGCCGGAUCCCUUGCUGGUCCCUUCGCUGGCCCGUACGGUCCCCUCGCCGGUCCCCUCGCUGGCCCCUUCGCCGGUCCCUUCGGAGAGCUCGCUGGAGCGUACGGCGGUGAAGGCAUCGGUGACGUCACUGUGUUGGGAGAGAUGCCAGUAGCUGGUACCACUCUGGUCACUGGUCAAGUGCCGAUCCUCGGUGCUGUGCGCUUUGCGGGAGAUCUGCCAGCUGGUGGUGUGGUCUCCAUCGCUGGUAGCUGCGGCUGUGGAUGCGGUAGCCAAUUCGUUUACUAGAUGGUUUAAUAAAAACUGUUGAUUACAUUGA